GAUGCGUAAAAACCUGAGAUUCAUUUUUGUCCCGGCCAGUUAACUUUUGCCCUUCUGAUUGUUAACAUCCAAAUACAAAUUUGUUCACAUUACUCGAACAACCGAAUUCAUCCUGAAAAAAUAAGCACGAAUCUGUUUCAAAUCUUCAAGGAAAAUGGAGCCAUUCGGUGAACAGGAGCCAAACGAUGAACCGCAGCCAUUCGAUGAACCGCAGCCAUUCCCAUACGGUGAAAUGGACCCAUUCAUGGAACUGUUUCUACUCGGAUGUUUUAAUGCUUCUCUGGGACCAGCAAUUAUUGUAUGGAGAAUCAAGCCAGACUUUGACCGUUACCUCGAUAAGCCAGAAUUCAACAAAGACAUCCUUCAGGAGAUCCUACUGGAAUAUUUGCCCCAUGUACUUGCCUAUGGCUGCCUGAUACUCUGCUGCUUAAUUUCGGGAUUCUGUGCAAUAUUUGUAUGCAUGCUGGACAACCGCACGUGGGUGCUCAGACUGGCAAAGGUGGCGAAUUUCUAUUCCAAAAUGUCAUACCGGUUAGUUGUGGGGAUCAUAGUGUACAACUGGAGUUCGAAGAAGUGGAAAACGUGGGGGGGAUAUCCGGUGUCACAGGAAUCGAUUAAGAUAUCCUUCUGGACAUUCAUUUAUUGUUUAGUAGUGCAACUUUAUUUUGUGAAGAGAUGUACCAGGCUAAUUCACGACCUAAGUAACCAAAAUUAGGUAAAUUUGAAACAAGGUGGGAAGAAAACAGGUCAAAAAAGAAGGAGGAAUUGGUUUCUUGAAAAAUUCAUGUAUGUAUUUGUGAUCAAGCAAGUAUUUAAGAUGCUCUCGUGAGUACGCUCAAUAUAAAGAAUAAAAUAUGUAUAUAUGUAUUUGCCAUUUAACUAA